AUGCCAGCUAAACGCAAACAGGCUGGUUCCAACGAGCCUGCAUCUCCUGCCAAAGCAAAACGCAGCAAGCCCAAUAAUCACCCUCCCUUCGCGGCCCUCCAGCCUCGCAUCCGACACAUCAAUGAAGAAACCAUAAAGUCGAAAUGGACGACGCUACCGGAUUCCACACAGGAGAAGGUAAAGCAGCUCUUCCUAUCCGUGGAGCUGCCGGUCAUAACCCGAAACCGAGACGAGAAGAAGCGCGUCGAGGCACAGUCUGCGCUUGCGACGGUGCGCAAGAACCUGGGCAAACGGUUGCCGAAGAUGCCCUUUCCGGCGGGUACGAGAGAUGGCAGUUUUGACUAUGAGAGUGCUCUGGGGGAGAGUAGAGUGUUAGAGAGCCAAUUGGCGACGACUACGAGCUCUAUUCGACUGUUACAGGCCGAGAUCAAACGGGAGGAGGCCGAACUGGCAAAGGAUAAGCUGAAGCUGGAGGAGCUGGAACGGAACGCAAAGGCAGCAGAAUCAGAGAGGAAGAGGCUGAACAAGAACUCGAGUAUGAACGAGACUGCCAAUGCGGACUUUAAGCUGGAGAUGAAAAAUGAGGAAACUGUUCUUGGUGAAUGGACGGUAUUAGUGCUGACAGGCUGCUUUGACAAGAUCGACGCCGACCCAAAACUCCUUCCAACCAUCAAACAGCUACGCAACCAUCUCGAAUCCAUGCAAGGCAAUGCAGCUCAGGUACGUGGGAUCGGCCAUGCCAUCACCCGCGCAAAGGCAGCGCUGGACAUGCUUCCUCUUGGCUGA